AUGCCCCCGCGUCGAUCCCACAAGAAGUCGCGUGCCGGAUGUAGACGGUGCAAGACGCGCAAGAUCAAGUGCGAUGAAGUCCACCCUCGGUGCGGCAAUUGCCUGAAACACGGCGUGGCCUGCGACUUUGAGCACCCGGAGCUCGCCGACGAGCUGCAGUCUCUCCUGUCGGCAGACACGCCCAAGUCCGAGACGCCGGCCGCCACCCCCGCCGUCACGGUGUCGACCCCCUUUGACUUCAACUCGCCGCUGCCGGCCAAUUCCUCCGCGUCCGACUCCCCAGGCCGCGUUGCUCUCAUCACUCCUUUGUAUACGCAACCUCACAACCCGCCCGUCUCCUCGACGACGCCUGCCACCUCGAGACUGCUCGAGCUGAGGCUUCUCCACCAGUACUCGACCAACACCUGCCACACGCUGUCGUUCAGCAGCGCGGCUACCGACAAGGUCUGGAGGGACACGGUCCCGAAUAUCGCAUUCUCCGGUUCCGACCACCUGGCCGAUGCUGUCCUGGCCGUUGCGGCCCUGCACCUGCGCAGUCUCCAGCCCAACGACCGGGAACUGAUCCGUGCCUCCCACGGGUACAUGGCGUCAUCGCUCCGAGCGUACAGCGAGACGCUCACCAAGGGCAUCCAGUCCACCGCCAACGCCGAGGCUCUCUUCCUCACCUCGACCUUCAUCGCCUUCCAGUCCACGGCCACGCGCAUAUUCAGCAAGGACGAGCUGAGCCUCAACACGGGCGCCGUCAAUGGCUUCGCCAAGACCGGCGGCCCCCCCGGCGGCUACGCCAUCCCCCUCUCCUGGUUCCACGCCUUCCAGGGCGUCAAAGCCAUCACCGCCGCCUCGUGGCCCUGGCUGCGGCAGAGCCGCGUCGUCAUCCCCAUCAUCGAGUCGCAGCCCGUGCUGCAGCUCGACUUCAGCAACAGCGGGCAGCAGUUCUUCGACCACCUGCUGGACGGCCUCGACGAGGAGCUCGCCGAGCUCCCCGACGACGACAGGCAAGAGGCCGCCGCGCCCCACAGCGCCCAGACGGGCGCGUUCAGCGGCGGCAUCCGCCCGACGCCGGGGCAGACGCUGGCCGCGAGCACGAGGCAGGCGUACGAGCACGCCGUGGCCGUGCUCAACUGGGCGCACAAGAUCCCGCACAAGGGCGCGCCGCUGGCCUUCCCCGCGACCGUGUCGCGGCGCUACGUCGAGCUGCUCGAGGAGCGCAAGCCGCGCGCGCUGGCCGUCCUGGCCUGCUUCUUCGCGCUGCUCAAGUCGGUCGACAGCGCGUGGUGGCUGCAGGGCAUGUCGCGGCGCGAGGUGCUCGGCGUCGCCUCGCUCUUCAGCUCCGACUACUUCGGCCUCGAGGUCGAGCGCCGGUGGUGGCCGCACCUCGAGUGGGCCGUGCGCGUGGCGCUCUACGACGACUCGGCCAACCCGGGCUUCGUGCCCCCCGAGAUCUGGGGCACCAAGUGGAUGAACGACGAGUCGGUGAUGGCGGCGCGCGGGUCCGAGAGCUUCGUGAGCCACAUCGACAUGCUGAGCCAGCUGGUGGGUGCUGUUGACUGA